AUGAUCCGGCUGAUGGACUUCUCCUACGAACAGUAUCAGAAAGCUCUUCGCCAGUCAGCCGGCGCCGUGGUGAUCAUCCUGCCGCACAGCAUGGCAUCGGUGCCUCAGGAUAUCAUCCGGAACCCAGAAUUAGUGGCCCGGCUGGAGAAGAUCAAAGCUCGGCUGGCGAAUGAGGAAUACAAGCAGAUGACGAGAAACAUCAACUGCCAGGAGUCGAACCCCCAUGGCACCCUGGCUGAUCUCGGCAGGCAAGUCAGGUCAGCCAAAGCCGUGACCGUCACCCUCAUCAACUUCCUCGUGACGGUGGGGGCCACCUUUGCCUGCGCCUUCCUGGGCAGCCAGUACUUCUUCACUGAGGCGGCGGCGCGGGUGAUUGCAGCCGUGAUCGCGGCCUCCGUGGUGGGCCUGGCGGAGCUGUACGUGAUGGUGCGGGCCAUGGAAGGGGAGCUGGGGCAGCUGUAG